AUGGAGCCAUCCUUUGCGGUGGGAUGCCUCUGGUUCUUGGUCAUCGCCUUCAUGUUCUUUGCACAGCACCAUGUGUGUGACGCCUACUUCGUUCCAGCUAUCAAUGUCUUCGUGGGGAAGAUGAAGAAGAGCAGCAACAAGUGGCUUCAAUGCUGGGGUGAUGAAGCUGUUGCCGGUGCAACCAUUUGUGCCUUAGGCUGCAAUGGGCCGGAGAUGUUCACCAACUUGAUCUCACUUUACACCGGCUCAGAUGCUGGGAUCGGUGUGGUGGUUGGCUCCGAAAUCUUCAAUCUUCUCAUCAUCGUUGGCCUCACCAUCUCUGCUGCGCCAGUCGUUCCUUUGGCUUUGGAGAGGGUUCCCUUCGCGCGUGAUUGCUUCUUCUACGCCUUGUCGAUCGCGUUGCUCUACUGGGCGCUUCUGGAUCGUGCGAUCGAGUCUUAUGAGGCUUGGGUCUUGCUGGCAGCUGCCGUGCUGUACGUCUGUUGCGUCUACUUCACCGGCGACCUGGUCAACGCCAUCCCGGCGCUGCGUCCACCGGAGAGAGCCAGCGAAGUGGAGGGCAGUGGAUCGCCCAAGAAGAAGGGGAAGAUGCAUGGCAUCGAGGUCUCAGUGGAAGAGAUCCUUCAUGCGCGGAUGGCCGAUGCACAUGGUGGAGAUGCCGAGAAGUGGAGCGUCGACCCGACGGCUCAUGGCAUUUAUGCUGAGCCACAAGAGGGGAAGGAAGCUACAGAGAGCAAGUCCAAUGCACGACAGUCCAUUGGGUUCCAGUUCGAUGUGAAGGAUGCCAUGUUGGGAGCUGUUCUGAAGUACAAAGACUUGCAAGAGGUGGUCUUGAUGGAGAUGGGCGUGAUCAACUUGGAGUUUUACCACAAUUUGCAACACAUUACCUUGAGACUCACGGUCGAAGAUCCUGAUCAACGAGAUCAGCUCCUGAAGAACAUCAAAGAAUACUCCCUGGGGCGGCCCUGGGUUCAUGGAUAUGAUGCCACCAUCGUUGGGGCAUGGCAGCAUUUGCGCCACACCAUCACUGCAAAAGACAUGCCACUCAUUCAAAGGCUUUUGGUGGUUCCUGAGUUCCUCAUUGAUUCUUUACUGAGAGGCACCUUGUUCGCCGUAGAUGUGAAAGAUGUCACCAAGGAAAAUCGCUGGCCGCUGUGCUUUGCGGGGGCCAUGUUUUGGCUUGCCAUUUUCUCCUUCUUCAUGCUGGAGAUUGCGAAUCAGAUCCAUUACAACAUCCCUGCUUUGCCCAACAGCUUUCUUGGAAUCACCGUUUGUGCCAUUGGCACUUCCUUUCCCAAUGCAGUCGCUUCAGUACUCAUGGCACAGCAGAACAAGCCUGCAGCAGCGAUUGCCAAUGCACUCGGCUCCAAUGUGCAGAACGUUUUCUUAGCGAUGGCCUUGCCUUGGGUCAUCUAUCAACUUCAACAUGAUGGCAAGCCGAUCAACCAGAAUGUGGCAGGUAUCAAUGAGGGCGUGGUCUGGAUGUGUGGGACCUUGGUCUUGGUCAUUGCCUUUGUGCUCAUGCCACCCUUCUGCAAAUUAUCCUACGCCUAUGGCCCAAUCCUGGUGAGUGUUUAUUUGGCUUACUUGGUGUUGACGAGUGGGGAGACCUUCGGCUGGUGGCCUCCCUUGGAUCUGGGAGACCUGGAAGGUGCGGAUGAAGCUUUGGAUAAAGCUCUGGCGUUGUUCAAAGCAGGGCUCUCGAAGGAUCCCGAGCAUGAGAAGGUGACUGUGGCCAAUGUGAAUGAACUCCAGAUCCGGGCGCAAGGUGGCCAGGCGACGAGGCGACCUGAAGUGGAUAUUUGGUAUGGAGGGGGCGACGAGGCGACGAGUGAGAAUGGGCUGCAGAGGACUCAGCCGCUGGUACGGCCGGUCCCACCCUGCUUGCCAGAGCAGUUCCAGCUCACAUCAGAGGAUGCCAGGAUGCCGUCGCAACGCCGCCUUUACAAUGAAGCCAGGCGCCUGGCGCAGCAACUGGUGCAUCCUCCCAAGCACUUGGCCUUUUCGGAUCCCACCGGUGGAGCAUUGUACUUCGAUCCACGAGGACCGGCCUGUCAGCACAGCCUUUUGCCCAUGAGGGCUGAACCAACAGGCGGAGAAGAGGCGGCAGAGGCCCUGGGCUAUAUUGCAUGGUUUGGAACGAAGCGAGAGGUCUCGGACUCCUUGAAACCAGAGGAUCGUUGGAUUGAGCAGUUGGACUUGGAAGCCUUCGGGAAGGAAGUUCACGAGUUAGGAGAGAAGUUGAAAGCCGAGCAGGAUCAACGAGAUGUGAAGCAUCUUCACAAGAUCGUCUCCUGGAGUCGAUUGUGUGCCUUCAUUGGCUUGGGGACCAUGUGGAUGGCUCCCAAUCCCAUCUCCAUGAUUUUCUUGAGCUUGUGGACUCAUAGUGCAUGGACGAUGAUGGGGCAUCAUGCUUGCCACGGUGGAUACAACCGUACGGAUGCCACCGGGCGCUACAGCAGUCGUGGCUUUGCACUUGGCUCUCUUUGGAGGCGACUCCAGGACUGGUUUGAUUGGAUGCUGCCAGAGGCUUGGAGUGUUGAGCACAACAAUCUUCACCACUAUCGACUCUCUGAAGAUGGAGAUCCUGAUUUGUUGGAGAGGAAUUCGGCGAACUGGAGUCAGACCGAGCGCUAUGUGUUGCCCUUCAUGUCCAUGCUCCUAUGGAAGUGGGCCUACUAUGCACCAAAUACCUACAAAGAGCUGAAGAUCACCGAGAUGCGGAACAAGAAGAUCCCCUUGCCGAACGGUUUUGACCCCCAAGCGGCCUUGACUUUGGGUGAUUUGGCUGCGGGGAAAGGGAAAGGAGUGGUCUCCAAGUGGGAACUCUUCAGCAAAGUCAUGGGGCCCUACUUCUUCUUCCACUUCUUUGUACUCCCCUUGCCGCUCCUGAUCUUCAGUCCCGUCUUCUAUUGGCAUGGUGUAUGCAAUCUUCUCCUGGCAGAUGUGCUGUCCAAUAUCCAUGGCUUCAUUGUUGUGGUCACUAAUCAUGCUGGCAACGACUUGUAUCGCUUUCAACGCUCAUGCAAACCCAAGUCUCCGACCUUCUACCUCCGUGCCAUCACCUCAUCCGUGAACUUUCGGACUGGAGGAGAUCUCAAUGACUUCAUGCAUGGAUGGCUAAACUACCAGAUCGAGCAUCAUUGUUGGCCGGAUUUGUCUAUGCUUGCCUAUCAGAAAGGACAGCCCCAACUCAAACAGAUCUGCGAGAGACACGGAGUGCCCUACAUCCAGGAGAAUGUCUUUGUUCGCCUGAAGAAGACCAUGGACAUCGCUAUGGGUCAUACGAAAAUGCGAAGGUAUCCGGAUGCCUUGGAACGUGAAGCUGAUAUGAUGGUGUGGAAGGAUCAGCUGCAAACUGCAUAG